UCUCAUCUCAUUCCUUUUCUUCCUCUUUAUUGUUUUUUUUCCUUUAUAGGCUGCAGCUAAUGUCAUAAGAUGAUUUCUGGUUUUCCCACUAUUGCUGCUGCAGUUGUCAUUCUAUUGUGCAUCACUGAUCAAUGCACAGCUCAAACUACUAACUGCUCUGCUCUGGCCAGUAAUGGUGACUGCAGUUUCUAUGAUUGCUUGAGUACCAAAUUCCAGUGCACUGCUAAUGAUUAUCCUCUAGCUUAUGGCAGAAAGCAUUGUCUAAGAUAUGCCAGUGAAUCGAGUUGCUUCUCAACUGGAGGUCAAGCAUGGAUUACUAAUGUUAGUAGAUGUUUGAUGCAGUCUAUUGUUAACAGUGCUCUCUAUAAUGAUGUGAAUACUACUUGUGAUCAGUUGGAGACAUUUGCAUUUGAAAGUCAUCCUAGAUGUUACAUUGAUAAUGGGUUCUGUACAGAUAUACUAUUAUCAGAUCAAUGUCAGAAUCUUGUUUGCAUUGGAAAUGAAAUAUUUACUGAUAGAGACUUUUAUACCAAACAAGCAAUAGACCAAAUUACAAGGACAGCUGCUUCAUGCUCCUCCCGUAUUUCUACAUUCCUUCUUGAUGCUCGUGAGUGCAGUUUGAGUAGUCCUGAUCAUGCUCUGUAG